CGUACAUGGUGAAGGAGAUUUCGCAAUCCGCUGCUCUCCAUGUUCCAAACAAAAACAGUCACCGCGACGGGUCCGGAGUAAAGCCCGACGUUUGGCCCGAAAUCCUCCCGCUUCGACGGACGGUUCGCACCCCGGCUGCCCGGUGAAGGCUCCGCCCACCUGCAGGACCUGGUCCCGUCUCAGCGCCCGAGGACUCCUGGUCCAGCCCCGCUCCCGAAGGCCCCCCCCUCCAAAUGAGCCGGCCGUCGCAGGCGAAGCCCACCACAGCUGAGCCCCCCGGCGUGAGCGUGAUCCAGAACCAGGCCGCCGCCCAAGCCGCCGCCCCCGCCCCGCAGCAGGUCCCGCAACUCGUCCCCGCCCACCCCGACGCCGCCGGCGGCAAGGCCCUCCCCCCCGGCAAGAUGAAGAAACCCCCCGCGGACAAGGACAGCGAGGAGUACCGGCAGCGCCGCGAGCGCAACAACCUGGCGGUGAAGAAGAGCCGCAUGCGCAGCAAGCAGAAGGCGAUGGACACGCAGCAGCGCGUCAACGAGCUGAAGGAGGAGAACGAGCGGCUGGAGGCCAAGAUCAAGCUGCUGAGCAAGGAGCUGAGCGUGCUCAAAGACCUGUUCCUGGAGCACGCCCACAACCUGGCCGACAACGUGGCGCCGGCCGCCGGCGGCGCCGAGGGCGCCAGCCCCGCCCCCACCGGCCCGGCGCCCGGUGGCCAGUGAGGGCCCCGCCCCCCCGGGCUCUCUGACUUUACCGCGUGAC